AUGGUUGCCUGGGCAGGUGAGCUGGCCCUCCUCUGCUUCCUACUGGGCCUGCAGGGGUCUCUGGCUGCAGUCUUCCUCACCCAGGAGGAAGCCCAGGGUGUCCUGCACCGGCAAAGGCGCGCCAACUCGUUCCUGGAGGAGCUGCGGGCCGGCUCCCUGGAGAGAGAGUGCCGGGAGGAGCAGUGCUCCUUUGAGGAGGCCCGGGAGAUCUUCCAGGACGUGGACAGGACGAGGCAAUUCUGGAUUUCUUACAAAGAUGGGGACCAGUGCGCCUCGAAUCCAUGCCAGAACGGAGGCUCCUGUGAGGACCAGCUCCAGUCCUACAUCUGCUUCUGCCCCGAUGACUUCCAGGGCCGGAACUGUGAGACAAAUAAGAAGGACCAGCUGAUCUGUAUGAAUGAGAAUGGAGGCUGUCAGCAGUACUGCAGUGACCACGCAGAGGCCAGGCGUUCCUGCUGGUGCCACGAGGGGUACACGCUCCAAGACGAUGGAGUGUCCUGCAUGCCCAUAGUGGAAUAUCCGUGUGGAAAAAUACCUGUUCUGGAGAAGAGAAUUGGCAGCAACCCCCAAGGCCGAAUUGUGGGUGGCAAAGUGUGCCCCAAAGGGGAGUGCCCCUGGCAGGCGGCAGUGAAGGUGGAUGGGAAGCUGCUGUGUGGGGGCACCCUGAUCAAUGCUGCCUGGGUCGUCUCUGCAGCUCACUGCUUCGAAAGAAUCAAGAACUGGAAAAACCUGACGGUGGUGCUGGGCGAGCAUGACCUCAGUGAGGACGACGGCGAUGAGCAGGAGCGGCAUGUGGCCCGGGUCAUCGUCCCCGAUAAGUACAUUCCCCUCAAGACGAACCAUGACAUCGCCCUGCUGCACCUGCGCACACCCGUGGCCUACACCGACCAUGUGGUGCCUCUGUGUCUGCCCGAGAAGACCUUCUCCGAGAGGACGCUGGCCUUCAUCCGCUUCUCAACCGUCAGCGGCUGGGGCCAGCUGCUUGACAGGGGCGCCACGGCCCUCCAGCUCAUGGCCAUCGACGUGCCUCGGGUGAUGACCCAGGACUGCCAGGAGCAGUCCCGCAGGAGAAGUGGCUCCCCCGCCAUCACUGAGAAUAUGUUCUGUGCCGGCUACCUGGACGGGAGCAAGGACGCCUGCCAGGGGGACAGCGGGGGCCCGCAUGCCACGAAGUUCCAGGGCACAUGGUACCUGACAGGUGUCGUCAGCUGGGGGGAGGGCUGUGCGGCCGAAGGCCACUUUGGAGUGUACACCAGGGUCUCCCAGUACAUCGAGUGGCUGCGCCAGCUCAUGGUCUCCAGCCAUACCUUGAGAGGCCUCCUCCGGGCCCCACUGCCCUAGCCCCAGGGCCACUGCUGGCCCAGAAUAAAGCUGCUGCGUGUCCCGUCCUCA